AUGUAUUAUGGAUGGAUUCGGAUUGGUGACACCCUUUGGCGUCAUUUUCCUGAACGUGUGCUGAGGCAAUUUGGGUUUCAGCAAGACAUUCCACGAUCACCGACUACGGUUCCAGAUGCAGAUGUAGUGGCCAUUGAUCAUAUGUGGUUGCACUUCAGAGCUCACGUUGUGAGUAAUGUCAGACAUGCAGCAUCCCCUUCUGACUGUGUUGAUGGGUACAUUCAGUGGUUCAGAAGGGUUUCGCAUCCUUAUAUUAUUGUUACUGCAGAUGACGCGCGACCGGCUCUUGCACCUAGACAACGCCCCGAUGUUCCACGGGAGGCACGACCCCAUCGUAGAUCGUCUCCACCUUCACCAUCUGGCGCCCUGCCUAGAUUUAGGCGAAUGGCGAGAAUGUUACAGUCCUUGAUAUCGUGUCGUCAUGUCACCGAGGGUACUGUUGCACAUCAGGUGUCAGUGGACCUGCUUCAGAUUGCUAAUGAAGGCAUCGACGAAUAUUCCACGCCUAGGAGAGAGCAGAGGCAUGUGCGUGGUAGACGGUCGACGUCUAAUUGAUAGGACUUUA